AAAGGAGGCGGAGAUUUCUUUUCUGUCUGAACUUGGGCGAAGUGUCAUCAGGUCGAAACGGACGGACUUCACUAAAGUUUCUGCCCUGGUGGUUUGCUGCUCUAGACAUGGCCCCCAGCGCGCAACUGAAGGAGGCGAUUGCCGACGUGCAGGAGGGGAUCCGGGCCAUCCUGCUCGGACCACCCGGAGCCGGAAAGGGGACUCAGGCCCCUCGGCUAGCAGAGAAGUACUGUGUUUGCCACCUGGCCACCGGAGACAUGUUGAGGGCCAUGGUGGCCUCGGGCUCGGCGCUCGGCAAGAGGCUCAAGGAGACCAUGGACGCUGGAAAGCUGGUCAGUGACGAGAUGGUCGUGGAGCUCAUAGAGAAGAACCUGGACACGCCGCCCUGCAGGAAGGGCUUUCUGUUGGACGGAUUCCCUCGCACAGUCAAACAAGCAGAGAUGCUGGACAAUUUGUUGGACAAGAGACACGAGAACCUGGACUCUGUGAUCGAGUUCGCCGUCGACGACUCUCUGUUGGUCCGCAGGAUCUGUGGCAGACUAAUUCAUCAGCCGAGUGGCCGCUCUUAUCACGAGGAGUUCAACCCCCCCAAAGAGCCCAUGAAGGAUGACUCUGUUUUCUCUCUUGUUUCCUCCGCUCCCGUCUUCCCCCCAGCUGACCGGCGAGCCGCUCAUGCGCCGCAGCGACGACAACGAGGCCACGCUGCAGUCCCGCCUGGACUCCUACCACCGGCAGACGACCCCUCUGGUCACCUACUACCGGGCCAGGGGCCUGCACACGGCCAUCAACGCCGCCCAGAGCCCCGACGUUGUCUUCGCCUCCAUCCUGGCCGCCUUCUCAGCCGCCACGGAGAUCCCGGCCCGAGCCGUCGCCUCUGGUUGAAUGCUGAGCUGCCGCCUGGGGCCACGGAUUGGAUUUGGUGGUGUUGGGCGGGUGGACAGACGAAGGGGGGGACAUCACAAAAUAUAGGGAGUCUUUUAAGACUUAUUGGAAGUUGAGUUUGACGUUGCACUGCUGUGGGGCUCGUUUCGCUCAUUUUUCUUCAAAUAAAUCUCAUGCUUUCCUACAAACAAUCAUUUGAAUUUGUUCAACCUUUUCUUGUUUGGAUUUUUUUUGUGGUUGGAUUUUCUUUUGUUUGGAAAAUGUAAAAGACCCAGCCUGAAAGAUUAUUUAAGUCACCAAUCGUUAUUUUUAUUUACCGGUAAUCAUUUAAAAAAGAAAAUUGAACCUGGAAGUUUGUGUUUUGAACUUAAAUUUUAAAAAUACAACAAUGUAUUCAAAAUAAAACUUUUGGAAGUUA